AUGAAGCCCACCACCAAUGGGCUCUUCGCAUCUCAAUCUUCCUCCUUCCCGUUUCCGAGAUUCCGCGGCCAACCUCCGCCGAUUAACUCCACUGACAAGCAGAAGAAGUAUCUUCCAAAACUCGUCACUCUAUCCCUCGCUUCCGAUUCCGAUGUCUCCUCCUCCCAUAGAGUCGCCUGCUCUCGCCGCGCAAUUCUCGUCGCACCACCGCUCCUCGCCGCCGCCGCUUCAUUAUGGCCGUCUAUUGCCUCAGCCGCCAGUGACAUCUCUUCCACCGUAGCAGAUACUUCGUCGGAAUCAACAGCUUUUCCUCCUCCGCCGCCGCCUGUUUCUGCAGCGAAGGAAGAGUCGAUAAACUCCAGAAUCUAUGACGCGACGGCGCUCGGUGAGCCGAUGGCUGUUGGGAAAGAUAAGAAGAGAGUUUGGGAGAAGCUUCUGAAUGCGAGGAUAGUAUACCUUGGAGAAGCCGAACAAGUGCCUACAAGAGACGACAAGGAUCUCGAGCUCGAAAUCGUGAGGAAUUUGAGGAAACGAUGCAUCGACACCGAUCGUCAAUUAUCUCUGGCACUGGAAUCGUUUCCCAUUGAUUUGCAAGACCAAUUAAACCAAUACAUUGAUAAGAGGAUCGACGGAGAGGCUCUGAAGUCGUUUGUGUCACAUUGGCCGGCGCAACGGUGGCAAGAGUACGAGCCUCUUCUAAGCUACUGCCGUGAAAACGCAGUUAAGCUCAUUGCUUGUGGUACUCCCCUGAAGGUUUUAAGAACUGUGCAAGCUGAGGGAAUCCGUGGACUUACGGAGCCUGAGCGUAAACUAUACACUCCUCCUGCUGGUUCAGGGUUUAUCUCAGGGUUUACUUCCUUCUCACGUAGCUCUUCACUCAACAUGAAUCCCUUAACGCAGAUUGUUCCGUUUGGACCGAGCUCUUAUUUGUCAGCGCAAGCUAGAGUUGUUGAAGACUAUACAAUGUCACAAGUGAUUGUGCAAGCCGUUGCAGAUGGAGGUGGGACUGGUUUGCUGUUAGUGGUGACAGGGGCGAACCAUGUUGAGUACGGGUCACGAGGAACGGGGUUGCCGGCGAGGGUCUCAAGGAAGAUUCCGAAGAAGAGUCAGCUUGUUGUGUUGCUUGAUCCUGAAAGACAGUUCUUGAGGAAAGAAGGUGAAUCUCCGGUUGCUGAUUUCUUGUGGUACUCUGCUGCUAGGCCUUGCAGCAGAAACUGCUUUGACCGUGCAGAGAUCGCUCGGGUGAUGAACGCUGCUGGUAGGAGACGUGAUGCUCUUCCUCAGGACAUUCAAAAAGGAUUAGACCUUGGUCUGGUGUCACCUGAGAUUCUGCAGAAUUUCUUUGAUCUGGAGCAAUAUCCUCUUAUUGCAGAGCUUACACAACGGUUUCAGGGUUUCAGAGAAAGGCUCUUGGCAGAUCCCAAAUUCCUGAAUAGGUUAGCUAUCGAAGAAGCUAUAUCGAUAACAACGACGCUUGUAGCUCAAUACGAGAAGCGGAAAGAAAACUUCUUCGAAGAACUGGACUAUGUGAUAACCGAUAGCGUAAGAGCAUCAGUCGUUGAUUUCUUCACGGUUUGGCUUCCUGCACCGACCUUGUCGUUUCUCUCAUAUGCUGAUGAGACAGCUAGGCCAAACAGCAUAGACGCUCUAAGAGGGCUACUAGGAUCCAUACCUGACAAUGCGUUUCAGAAAAGUCUUGGUGGGAAAGACUGGACUCUGAAUCUUAGGAUUGCUUCGGUUAUCAUCGGUGGCUUGAAGCUUGCUGGUGUUGGAGUUGUCUCCAGUUUUGCAGCUGUGGGAUCUUCAAAUGCUUUGUAUGCAAUAAGAAAGUUCAUUAAACCAGAGUUGGGUGCUUCUGAGCAAGCAAAGAGGUCUCCUAUGCUGAAGACGGCUGCUGUUUAUGGAACUUAUCUGGGAACAUCUUCAAAUAUUCGUUAUCAGAUAAUUGCUGGGCUUAUAGAGCAUCGGAUCUCUGACGAGCUUUCUUCGCAACCUCUACUUGUUAACAUGAUCUCAUUUGUUGUUCGAGUAGCAAACUCCUACUAUGGAACUCAGCAAUGGAUUGAUCUUGCACGCUCUACGGGUCUGCAAACUCAGAAAAGUGUCACAACUCCAAACCAAGUGCCAGAGGCUUUGAAUCAAUCUACAGUGGAAAUUGCGGAAUACAGUACCACCGAAGAGGCAACUAUCGAUGAUCUCAAGAAUCAAUGA